GCGAAAGUGGCUACUGCUGCAGCACAUGAAAGCUGGCAUCGACACACUUCUGGUCCGAGAGGAGCGGCAGAAUUGCACGAGUCCGUGUGUCGGUUUCGCAAAUGACUGCGCACACGCUGUGAGAGGGCAGCACUUCCAUCUGGCCCCAUGUUUUCCAUGAACUCGCCGCAAGCCUCGCCCUUCGAUAAACCACGAGACGAUCGACCACGGCCCAGCCGCCAGACGUCGCAACUUCGCCCUGCAGUCGCACCCUCUCCUGGAGGUUAUCAACAGGGAGACUCGUACUUUCCGCAACAGCCUCCGAGCUCGAACCCCCAACAGUUGCCCUACGGACAGCCCGGCAUGGACCAGCAGCAAUAUGCCGGCCAGCAGUAUGGCGGGCCACAGUACGGCGCACAGCCCGAUGUCAAUGGUGCAGCGCAGCAAAUGGGACAGAUGGGAAUAGAUGCUGCUGGCGGCACUGUUCGGAGAAAGAAGAAGGACAGACAUGCUCAUCACACUAUCGAAACGCCAGCUGGAACUUCUGCCUUCGGAGCGAAUGGGAUUCCACAAGGAGCACCAGGUGCAGACCCAUCACAAGCGCCGUGGCAGCAGCCUGCACAACCAUGGCAGACGCAAGCCUCGCCUCAGCCUGGCGGUCAACUGCAUCCGCAGCCUGGUGUUCCAUUCCAACAGCCCGGAGCGCCAAUAGGAGCACCCAUCAGCAUGGGAAAUGCACAACAGCCUGGACAACCACCUGGAGCGCAGCGAGUCGACCCAAACCUCAUCCCGAGCAUACCUUUGAGCCGCGAUCUCCCUGCAGACUACUACAAACAGCAUGUAUAUCCAACAAUGGAGCAGCGGUUACCUCCGCCCGCCACGACCCCUUUUGUUGCCUUCGACCAAGGCAACGCCUCACCGAAACACGCACGACUCACACUGAACUGCAUACCGAAUUCUCAAGAACAAUUAGCCACGACCGCAUUGCCUCUUGGACUGGUAGUUCAGCCAUUGAAUCGACAAUCUGACGGCGAAUCUGCCAUUCCUGUACUUGAUUUUGGUGAGAUCGGACCUCCUCGAUGUCGAAGAUGCCGUGCAUACGUCAAUCCAUUCAUGGUGUUCUCCAAUGGUGGUAACCGAAUGACCUGCAAUCUCUGUGGGCAUCCCAAUGAAGUGCCUCCCGAAUACUUUGCCCCAACCGACCCUUCCGGGAUUCGUGUAGAUCGCCAGGAUCGACCGGAACUCCUCCUGGGCACCUGUGAAUUUCUCGUGCCAAAGGAGUAUUGGUCAAAAGAGCCGGUCGGUCAGCGCUACCUCUUCCUCCUGGACGUCAGCGCAGAAAGUUGCACUCGCGGCUUCCUGAAAGCCACUUGUGAUGGCCUGCUGGCCGCACUCUACGGCGAUGAUUUUGAAGUUGAGCCUAGAGACGACGACGAUGAGGACGAAGCUGAGGCGAAGCCACCAAAGCCCAGCAAAGUGCCUGCAGGCGCAAAGGUCGGUUUUGUCGCGUUCGAUCGCGAGAUCCAUUUCUUCAAUGUUUCCUCUGGUCUCUCUGCGCCACAACAGCUUGUUGUAUCUGACCUUGAAGAACCAUUUGCUGCUAUCUCUGCUCAGCACCUAUUUGUGAAUGCGGCUGAGUGCAAGUCGAAUAUUGUCACUCUGCUGCAACAACUCCCUGCCAUGUUCGAGCGCAUCAAACAUGCCGAGCCUGCUCUCUUACCUGCGCUACAAGCGGCAUUGUCCGGAUUGUCGGAAUCAGGCGGCAAGAUCAUUUGCACACUGGCAAGCUUGCCCACUUACGGUCCAGGACGGCUGACAGUGCGUGAUCGGAAUAUGCAAACAGCUUCGAAUGACAACCCAGAACAGGAGAAGGUCUUGUUCCGAACAGAAAACCAAAGUUACAAGAAGCUACAAGCCGACAUGGUCAAGGCUGGGGUAGGUGUCGACUUCUUCCUGACUGCUCCUGCAGGUGGCUACUUGGACAUUGCUACGAUUGGCUUAGUGUCAGAAAAGACUGGUGGCGAGACUUUCUACUAUCCAAACUGGGCAUAUCCUCGCGAUACCUUACGCCUCGAAAAAGAGCUCAGUCAUGCCGUGCAACGCGAGCAAGGUUAUGCUGUGCUGAUGAAAGUGCGUUGCAGCAACGGGCUGCAAAUCGCACAUUACAGCGGCAACUUCACACAACACACUUUUGGCGCCGACCUCGAGAUGGGCACGAUGACUGAAGAUUCAGCCGUUUCUGUCACCUUCACCUACGAUGGCAAACUUGAGGUGCGCAAUGACGCUCAUUUCCAGUCCGCUGUUCUGUAUACGACCACAUCCGGCCAGCGCCGCGUCCGAUGCACCAACGUGGUAGCGACUGUCACGGAGAAUGCUCGAGACAGCAUGCGCUUCGUGGAUCAAGACGCAGUGCUCACGAUACUUGCCAAAGAGGCUGCAUACAAGGUGCCCGAUAAGUCUCUGGCGAACACCCGACAAGAGCUGCAAGACAAGACGACAGAUAUCCUCGCGGCUUACCGAAAACAUCACAGUGGCGCGCAUCCAUCGGGACAGCUUGUGAUGCCAGAGCACAUGAAGGAGUUUGCAAUGUAUACGCUCGGGUUGAUCAAAUCGCGGGCCCUGAAAGGCGGCAAAGAGCCAAGUGAUCGACGGAUACACGAACUGCGUAUGCUCAAGAGUAUGGGUCCUGGCGAGUUGAGCUUGUAUCUUUACCCCCGAGUCAUCGCCAUCCAUGCCAUGGAGCCAGGAGAGGGCUUCGCAGAUGAGAACGGUCAUCUCAAAAUGCCUCAUGGCGUGAGAGCGAGCUUUGCCAACAUUGAGGAAGGCGGCGCAUAUCUGUUCGACAAUGGACAAAUGCUCAUUCUCUGGCUCCAUCAGCUCGUUAGUCCGAAUCUUCUGGAGGAUCUGUUCGGCGAAGGCUGUAAUGAGCUGCACAAGCUGGACCCUAAUCUCAACGCACUGCCUGUUCUUGAGACACAUCUCAACGCGCAAGUUCGCAACAUUCUGAUUGCUUUGGAGCAAGGCUCUGGAACCGGAAGAGGGUCAAAGGGUUUGUCGAUUCAACUCGCGAGACAAGGACUUGAUGGAGCGGAAUUUGAAUUCGCGAGACUACUGUACGAGGACCGGAACGGAGAGGCGAGCAGUUAUGUGGAUUGGUUGGUGAUGUUGCAUCGGGGCGUGAGUCAGGAUCUCUCCGGGCAACGGUCGAAGUCUUCGACGGACAACAAGAACUUCACUGAGACGAUCAGUACCAUUGCACAUAAUGUUCCGUACUUUACGUAGGCGAUGAGGUCGCUUUAUUGCGGUGUGAACGAAAAAAGUGGCAGAGUGCUUCAAGCGUGGCGUUGGUGGGUUGGAGGGAAACAGGACCUGGGCUUGUUGAUCGCGGUAGAUGUGGAAGCGAUACAUAUUUGAUGUUGUGGCGUAUCAGAUGAAUGUGUCAUCUCGACUAGAUCCGCCGAAUCGAAUGCUGCUCUGUCUCAACCAG